CAGUGUCCAGUCGACCUGUGCUCUGUGCCCAAACCGAAAUCGUGAAUUUUGAAUUGCCUAUCGUGUUGUCCUGUGGUAUUGUUCUGGUAUUGUCUAUGAUCAGAGCUGUGGAUCAGAGAUCAGAGAAUAACAAAUCCUAUGAUCGUACCGAAAUCAUAAACAUAGCAGAUCAUAAAUCAAAACAUGGCUGCGUUUCGUUAUACGCACGCCGUGGUUAGCAGAAUCCCGGUUUCUUUGAGGACGCGGGGCCAAAUCGACUUGGAAGAGGCGAAAAAGGAACACGAAAACUACGUGAGGCUUUUGAGGGAACUGGGAUUGGAUGUUAUCGAACUACCACCAGACGAAGGCCUGCCCGAAUGUGUUUUUGUGGAAGACUGUGCGGUUGUUUGUAAUGGGGCCGCACUUAUAACUAGACCGGGGGCUGCACAUCGUCAGAAAGAGGUGGAAACAAUUAGGGUGGUGCUCAAAAAAGAGUUGGAUCUUCCAAUAAUAGAAAUGUCCGACGCCAAUGCUAAACUUGAUGGUGGAGAUGUUUUAUUUACUGGUAGGGAAUUUUUUGUUGGUUUGUCCCAGUGGACCAAUGAGGCUGGAGCGAGGGCAGUGGCGGCAGCAUUUCCAGAAUACCCUUGCACUCCCAUUAAGGUUCCUGAAGCCAAACACCUGAAAUCGUAUAUUACGAUGGGUGGUCCAGAUUUACUGUGCGUUGGUGUAGGUAAAGAAGCCCAGGAAGUCUUGAAACGUAUGGAAAGAGAAGCCACUUUCAACUACCAAACAUUAACGCUUCCUGAGGAUGAGGCGGCCAAUGUUUUGUAUUUGAACGGGACCCUUGUACAUAGGACGCCAGAAGAAAUACCUUUGUCAUUUAAGGUAUUUGGUGACAAAAUCGACUAUCCCAGAAGAUCUGUCAAUGUCACCCAACUAGCCAAACUAUCUUGCGGUUUAUCGUCCAGUUGUCUGUUGAUAAGGAGAUCGAAACAUAUACGGAGCCUUUAAAAGAACACACUGUAUAGCAAAAGAAAAUGUAAGAUCUUAUAUUAUCAACCCUACCACCUAGAAAGUCUUCAAACAAAUAAUGUAAUGUUAAAAAUGUCAGUUCAUUUAUAUAGAUAUAUAAAAUUUUGGUAAGCAAUGUUUAAGAUUACUACAUGAUAUGAUAUACAGGGUGCUCCAGUUUUUUUAGGAGUACCUGUAGAUUAAAUUAAAUCAGACAACUCAAGAGUUCUUGUGACUUGUAAGAUAAUUAUAAAAUAGAUUUUCUGUUAUUUUUAUUCAGGUAAUUUAAAAAAAUAGAUUUUUUUAGAAAAUCUCAUUUCUUACCAAUACCAAAAAACUAGAUCUCCCUGUAUAUGGACACAAAGUUUUUAUCAUAUAUAAUGUUUUUAAAUAUUUACAGUUAAAGAUAUUGCAAAUUUAUGUCAUUAUAUUAAUGUCAUUUUUUAGUUGAAUUCUUAUCAAAUCUUCUGAUUCAAAGUUUGUUGAUCAUAAAAUAUUAUAAAACUUUUUAAUCAUUUUAUAUUCAUAUGGAAAUUAUGAAUUUUGAGAUUAUACACAAGUAUUAUUGCUACAAAUUACUACAAAUACAAUAUUUAUUAGAUAUUCAGUACAUAGAGAGUAAAAGAAGAAAUUUGCUUAAGAUUCACGGGACACCCUGUAUAGUCUGUCAAGCUAUAUAAUUUAAGAUUUUGAAAGGCGAAGCUCAGAAAAUGACAGGAAAAUACAAUUUUCUUUUAAAAAAUACUUUACUGAUAUCUAGUAUAUAUUGUAUAUUAAUUUUGAAUUUUGGUAAUUAUUAGAAAACCUGAAAAUAUUUUUUCUUUUUAAAACUUUUUGUCUUUCUUUUGCAUUCAGUUAGAUAAAAAAAUAAAUUCUAUUAAUUUUGAAGUAAAUACACACAUAUAAAGCAUUUUUCAAUAAUUACCAAUUUUUUUCUAUUACAUUUUAAAUUUAAAAAACUAUUGUUAUGAACAAUUAUCAUUAGUAUUGUUAUGUCCUGUCACU